AAAAGUGAAACCAGUUUUUCACUUCUGGCUUGGAGGAUAAAUAAGGCUCUGUCAGCACAGAGGGCGCUGAAAGUCUAGGCUGGAGAUUUCAGCCUGCAAACUCCCAGACUCCAGGAAGGAACCUUCUCUGCUUUCUCUCUAGUCUCUUUGGAGCACCUUGAGGACAGGAGCUUGGCUUCAAGAAGACAGCAGAAGCACCAGGAGACGGGAAGAUACCUCUGAGAGUUAACCUACAGGAUCGGCAUUCCUGACUGCAGCUGUGGUAUGUAGUUUCAAGCCAUGGACAUAAUAGAAUCUACAACUGAUGAGCCCCUGCUCAGAGGCAAAAAGGGGAAAAGUCUCCAAGAGAUGCUGAGAGAAGCAGGAUUGGCAGUUGAGUACUGGUUGCCAAAGCUACAGGAACACCUGGGUGUGACCUCUGCCCAGGCCUUACAACACCUCGAAGAGCAAGACCUCCAGAAGCUGAAAUCCCAGGCACAACAUCCCUGGGAGAAAAGGGCCCUGGACAAGCUGCUUAACCUGUCACACUCGAAUAGGCUUUCAGAGUUUUGGGAGUCUCAGGUGGAAACAAGAACGAAAAGACAGAAACAGGCAGAACAGGCACUGCAGGAGCUAAGAGGCUUGCUGUCAGAAGGGAGGCAGCGAAAUGCAGAGGCAGUGAGGAAAAAGGAGGCAGAGCUGAGGCAGGCAAUGGAGAUCCCCAAAGAGUUCUGGCCACCGCCUGAAAACUCCCUCAAAGAAGUCAUAGAAAACAUGCAGAGACAAUUACACCUCGUGGAGGGCAGAAUGGCUCAUAGGCAAAACCUCCCGGAGAGGGAGCUAGUGAGACAUGCCUCUGGAGGACUAGCCCUGCAGGGAAUUUACAAAACCAGUGACGAAAAUGGCCUGAUAGAGAAAAGGGAGGAGCUACUCAGUGUCCCUAAGGAGUUCUCCCUCUGUGGCCCCCAGCAGGGUACACGGAUGGAAACAAAGGAAUUUACAUCUUCCCAAGCAGAAUCCAUGUUCACAGAGACUAUGGAGAAGCUGGGCUUCAGUGUAACUGCCUCAGCAAAGGGUGGAGCUUGGGGAUGGAGCCUGGAAUCUAGUACGGAUCACAGAAAACAUUCAGAAUCCAAGGAAACCCAACACUCACAGGCUGAGCUCUCUUACUUCUGCUCAACCAAGUUCAGCUACAUCCCACUGGCCUCCUACCACUUUCCCAUUGAUCAGCUCCACUUCUCCAAGGCUGCGCUCCAGGAACUGAAAUGCAUUGAGGAUCUUCUGGGUCAGCCCGAGGACCCAGACAGACUCCCCUUGCUGAGGCGCAGGACUGAAGACUUCUUCCGCAGGUUUGGCUCUCAUGCUGACCAGGGCCCUCUGCACCUGGGAGGAAUCUACUGGUGGAAAGCAGUUUCAGAGGGUUUCCAAAGAGAGCAGCUGCAAGAAGUGAAGCAGCAGUCAGCAGAGGCCCUGGAUGCUUACGUAACGGGCAGCUACAGUGGCUUUGGGGUGAAUGUUGCUGCAGGUGUGGAUGUGUCAGACGCUCAUUCAAAAACAGGCUCUCAGAGAGCAAAUGUCCAAAAUCUUCAAACCAAGGUCCAAUUAUCUGUGGCACACACAGGUGGCCCACCUGAAGCAAACAGUCUGCUGGAGUGGAAAGCUGGCCUGGUCGCCAGUAACCAAACCUGGUGUGUCAUUGACCGGGGACUUCAGCUGGUGCCCAUUUGGGACAUGAUCCUCUUUAACCACAGAAGUGACUUUAAGGAUCCUCUUCAGGUGGCCAACUGCCUGAAAGACAGCUACGCCGCGCUGACUGGGCUGACUGCCCAGGUCCAGGAGGGAGAAGAACUACUGAGUGCUCAGGAGGAGGCCAGGGUUUUCCUAGAGGAUGUGAGAUCCUGGGAGGUAUCUGAUCCUGAAGAGCAGCUUAAAAAGCUAAGAAAUUUCAGGCAAACCUUGAGCCACAAAACCAAAAGUCAUGACACUUGGACUAAUAUAUGCCUCACAGAUUCGGGUCUGCAGAAUUUUCUGGUGAACACUGUCAACUUUUGCAGAAAGUCUUCCAUUUCUGAGACGAAAUUUAUUAAAUCUCAGUUGCGCAGCCUCUUGGAUCCUCACGUCUACAGAGGGUCAAACUUUCCGCAGGUUCACUCCAUUAUGCAGUGGAUAUAUCAGCCAGAACCAGAGCAAGAACAUGUCACCAUCACCCAAUUCUCUGAAUUAAUUGAAACCUUUAAAAAAACCCAGGAUGACCUACUGGAAGUGAAGGCCACAUCGGAGUCCACAGAAUCCGUGGAGGAAGCUCAAAGAAAGGCGACAUACGAGGUCAGCAUGUCUCUCGGCUGCUUCUUCAAUCACCUCCAAGAAAUGGGGCAGGCAGACACAUACAUCCUGCUACUCUCCAUUGCAGCUGGGGCAGGAUAUCACGUGGUAAACAAUACAUUUCAGUGCCUUCUGGGCUACGAUGACAUAGACUUCCUACUGCACACAAUGCAAACUGCCCAAGAUAAAUAUCAAGAGCUCAAAACUAUUUGCGAUUAUAGGGCUCAGGCUUUCCUGGUGCUCACAGGUCUGACAGCUACAGCUGGCAUCAAAGCCGUUUCUCCAGAGGAGAAGAAACAACGCUUGGCAUUAAUACGACAUCACAUGGGACAAUCGUUCUCUAAAGAAGUCAUUCACGUUCUCACCAAAGCGGGAACAGGUCCUAAUUGGGAAAUCCUAGAAAAAGACUUGAGAUUGCUCGUUGAUGGAGAUUAUGAAGCCACUGUCCCUUCACUGCAAAUGGAGGAGGUGAGAAAACAACUGCAAAGUCUCCUCCAUGAAGACAAAGAGCCCCGUGAACUACAUGAUGAUGAAAACAACAGACCGGAGGUCAUGGAGAACGGAGCCUUCCUAGAAUUACUCCAGCGUCUCGGCCUAGAACAUUCCUACCCAAAAAAGAUGAGCAGGUCUAACUUCCACCUGAUCCAUAAGACUUCCGUGUACAACACCCAGCCCUGCUCUGAAAGAGAGCUUCCUUUCUACUUCCUACAGAAGCUGAUGAUGCUGGACUACGGCCUGAGAUACCUGGUCAUCAGAGAUGAGGAGUACACAGAGGAGCAGGUGUGCUCAAGCAACACAGGUCAAGAAAAUGCAGAUUUUGAUCCAUACGAAGACCUUGUGGAAGACAAGGACGGUCCCACUCGUCCUUCAGCCACUGCUGUCAAGCCCCAUGUUCACCCUAUGGACAUUCAGAUGGCGAUCCUUCACUGUGCAGACGACUUUGCCAGACAGUACAUUUUGGCCAAACUUGCCAUUUGUCAGUUUGCCCUCCCCCUCCUCAUACCUCACCCCUGCAAUGCUCAAAUACAAUUCUCUCUCUGGUCCCUCCGUCAAAUUAGGAGGAGCUGGCAGCAAGCAGGGAAACCAACAGAACAGGAGAAGGAUAAUUACAAGAAUCAGCAGAUGUGUCGAGUCUCUACCCCCAUUGUGUCCUUUAUCAGAGUCGGAAAGGGCUUCUCUGCCUCCAAAUCUCAGAUCAUGAACUCUCUGCUCAGUCAACGGAAACACGAUGUCUUUUUUCACCGACACUGCAAAGGGAGCAGCAGGGACUGUCUCUUGAUGGCAGGUGUGGUGGAAGUCACCUGGUUCUGUCCUGGGGCGGGAGAUGAGGACAGGUUUGACAACUGCUUGACCUUCACCAAUCUCCAUGGAGAUGCGAAGGAACACAAACAGCAACUCACCUUUUUGCAGGAGGUCUCCUCUCUCAUUGUGGUCCUCAUGUCAACGUCUGAUGACAACCAAGAAAGCCGAAAAGUUGUCCGGGCGCUAUGUCAGUCACCAAAACCUUUAAUCUGUUUGCUUGACGAUAAGGAAAAAGCCAUGUCCAGUACCUCUGGCCCGAGAGUGAGAAUUGGGAUCAGGAACAGAAAUGAGGCAGAAUUCAUAGAGGAGCUCGCAACUACAAUCAGAGGGUUGCUAAAAGCCUCUGACACUGCUCUCAGCUUGGAAAACUGUGCUCAAGUUGCUCGCAAGCAAGGAAUGCUUAUUGAUGAAGACCAGGAAGACUGCAAGGAAGCCAAAACCAAGGCAGAGGUUCUAAUGGCCCUGCUGGAAGACAUGGAAAUAGCUCAGAUGAAGGAAAACCUACUGCCCCUUCAGGGAGAACUGUGGCAACUUUGGUGCAAAAAAGACAAAGAACUCUAUCACCUGAGAGAAAAGGGGAAUCGGAGCAUUGAACAGCACAAGAGUGACAUCGAGACAGACAAACAAAUGAUACGACUUCGACAGUUGAGAAAAGCCUUUCCUCUCAAUGACUUAAUGCAUUCUGUCCUCGGAAUUCUCCAAAAACAUUCCGAAACUCACACCAAACUCUACUUCUUGCAAUGGCUGAGUGUGUUUUUAGACAACCUGACUGCAGGACACUUGGAGAAACUAAAUGAGAAGAAAAAGCAACUGUGGUCACGGGUCCAAAAAGAAAAGCGAGAGGCACAAAAGAGCAGCUCCCUGAAAGGCCUGCAAAAUGAGUUGGAAGCUAUCUCCAGAAAGAUUAGUGACUGUACCUUGGGAGUUGAGCAGAUUCUCAGAGAACUUGGCCAGAUCUACGAAGCUCUUGAAGAAGGUUUCUCCACAAAAGAUGUCUCAUUUCUCUCCCUUCCCCACAUGGCCGCAGAUCUGAUGCUAUCUGGUGUUCCCAUUGAGCUGAUGGAUGGCGAUGCUUCAUAUGUGCCCCUGAGGUGGGUGGCAGCUGUUUUUGACAAGGUCUCUGAGAAACUUGGAGACAAACGGCUCUUUGUUCUCUCUAUCCUUGGUCUGCAGAGCUCAGGGAAGUCCACCCUACUGAAUGCAAUGUUUGGGCUGCAGUUCACUGUCAGUGCUGGGAGGUGUACCCGGGGGGCUUACAUGCAGCUCCUGAAGGUGGAGGAGACGUUCACAGACGAACUUGGCUUUGACUUUCUUCUUGUUGUGGACACGGAAGGCCUUCGGGCACCUGAACUCAGCAACAAGUCCCAGAAUCACGACAAUGAGUUGGCAACUUUUGUCAUCGGCCUUGGCAACUUAACUGUGAUCAAUAUUUUUGGGGAAAAUCCAUCGGAAAUGCAAGAUAUUCUACAAAUAGCUGUCCAAGCCUUCCUGAGGAUGAAACAAGUAAAAAUCUCUCCCAGCUGCCUCUUUGUCCAUCAGAAUGUGGGCGAAGUUACAGCUAAAGACCAAACCAUGGAAGGACGGAGGCGGCUAGAGCAGAGACUGGAUGAAAUGGCAGCCACAGCAGCUGAGGAGGAACAGUGCUCUGAUGUCGGCCGCUUCAGUGACGUCAUUAAGUUUGACGUCAAUACUCACGUCUACUACUUCGCUCACCUCUGGGAUGGCAACCCCCCCAUGGCCCCUCCCAAUCCGCGCUACAGCCACAAUGCCCAGGAACUGAAAAGCAGGAUCCUUGCAACUGCCAAACAGGAGGCAAGGGGAAGCAUCAUGAAGAUAUCAGAUGUCAAAUUCCGAGUUCAGGAUCUGUGGAAAGCCCUGCUGAAUGAGAACUUUGUUUUCAACUUCAGGAAUACCCGAGAGGUUACGGCUAUGAGCAAACUGGAAACCAUGUAUAACAAAUGGACGUGGGAGCUGAGGAGUCAUGUGCUGAGCCUGCAGGACCAGCUGAUCAACCAGAUUCAGAAUGGAAAAAUCCACACACUUGAAGCACACACACUUGCGGCUCCCGUUACAGACAAGUAUGAGGCCAUCAAGCAAGAACUUGAAAAAUAUUUCAGUGAAGAUCCAGAUAGUGAAGUGCUGGUUCAAUGGAAGGGAAAUUUUGAAAAUAAGCUAAUGAUCCUUAAAGAGUCACUAAUUUCAGACAGCCAAAGAAAAGCCAAAGAACUUCUUCGUUUCAAAAAAAAUCAAGAAAAACUGGAUAACAAAAAAUCAGGUUAUGAAAAGGAAUUAUUGGAAAAAAGCCGAAAUUUGGCUUUAACUGUAAAAGGCACAGAAUGGAGUGAGGAAGAGCUACGUGAGAAAUUCAACCCACUUUGGAAAAAAUGGGUCUAUAAUGUGUCCUCGACUCUCCCUCCAGUCACAGAGCCUGCAAUUGAAGUGGAUGCUGAAAACAUCCUUUUGGAUUAUUUCAAAAAGGAGAGAAAGAUGGUGGAUAAACUGAAGAAAGACUGGGGAAAAGAGUUUAUGAUUAAAUAUGAUAAACAUGUCCAAAUGAAAACAAAAUAUUGGAACUUAUUUAAAAUGACCUUAGAGGCCCAGGAUGAAGCGUCCAUACAUAUGACUACUGACUGCAUUCUUUCAAAAUUUAAUGAGAUGAUUAACAACAUCUGUAGGCAAAAGCAUGAUUAUGAUCCAAUCUAUUUCCAUGAAAUCCUGAAAAUAAUAGAUGAGGAGGUGAAAUCUGCACCCACUCAGGAAAGAUACACAUUUACAAGAAACUAUGAAAUAGAUUUGUCAUUGUGUUUAUUCCAAAGAGCAUCGGUGAAGUUUAAGGAGAUGCACAAGGCAUUCAAGAGAGCAAAUGAUCCUGUCAACUAUCUGGAAAGCAAGAAAGAUGAUUUCUUCAUGAGUUUUAAGAUCUCCUGUCAAGGAGCAACCUCAAUCAAAACAUUUGUCGAUUUCCUGUGGAACAAACUCACCCCUGCUGUCUCCAACACCAUAAGGAAAAAAAUGGCCCCCCAAAUUGCUGGGGACAUGCGAGCCACCUGCCCAGCAUUCAGUGGAAACAGGUCUAACCUGGAGAAACACAUUCUCAUCUCUCUGGCACAAGAGGAAAAUUUUAAUAACUACUGGCAGUACCUCCAUAAUCCUCAAUCAUUUGUAAAAAAUUACAUUGAAAACCAGAUUAAAAGCUACUGUUCUGACAAAGGGAGUGAAAAAAUGAAGACUUUUUUAAAAAUGAGUUUAGAUGCCAUCAAGAAUGACAUCCUCUCAGCUAUUCACGAAGCCACAGAAAUAGCUAAAGAUAAAAGGAGCACUGCGUCUGGGUGGUUGGAUUUGUUCUGUGAUAAACUGAGGAGUGACUUGAUCUUUCCACGAAAAGACCUGAUAAGCAUCGAGCACCAGGAGAUAAAAGAUAUGGAGUUUCUCAAAGAAGCCAUGUGUAAAGCUUUGGAUCCUGAAAUGAACAGAGUAGAACAGAACUGUCUGUAUAUGCCUGUAGAAGAAAUGGUUCCUGAAAUCCAGAAAAUGCUCUCUGAGCAUCUCUCUGGCUGCUGGAAGCAGUGUCCCUGCUGUAGAGCAAUUUGUACAAACACAAUCCCUACCCAUGACGGAGACCACAGUGUUCCCUUCCAUCGUCCGCAGGCUGUCAGUGGAAUUUCCUGGUACAAAACAAACAACUUUGUCCUUGAUUACUGCACUAGUUUGGUGGCAAGUGAUUGUUUCUUGGUGUUUGACGAUGGUAGGCAGAUCCCAUAUAAGAACUAUCGACAGGCGGGAGGGGACUACGCCACGUGGAGCAUCACCCCAGACACAUCCGCCCAGCCAUACUGGAAAUGGUUUGUCUGCCACUUCAGAUCAAAACUUGAAGAAAAAUAUCAAAAGAGAUUUAUAGAUAAAGGUAAAAUUCCUGAUGCAUGGGAAAAAAUCACAAAACAGAAUGUGCUUGAUGACUUGAAAUAAAACUAAUACUCAACACCCAAAAGAGAGCCCCGGGAUCUGAAUAAAAGAGGCACCUUAACUGACCAAGGCGAAAAUACCACCUCCUCAUCAUGAAAACCUUCAUUGUACCUAUUUUUCAAAUGAAACAUUUGAAGCUAAAUCAAUUAACAAGAAGAAGUUGAAGAUUUGCUCUGAAAGGAUUUCAUUUCCUUUGUCUCAAUUCCUUCUGGUUUAAAAAAUGUUGCUAAUAUAUAUGAGCAUAUGAUAAAAUCAAAUAAAAUCCUUUUCCGAAUAGCUACUUAAUCAUUUAAACUAUUAUUCUGAAUGCUGUUUUCUAUUUUUUAAAUAUACUGCUAUAUAAAGUCUCAGGCAAGUCAUUUUUAUAGAGGGAAGUUUAAAUCAUUACAGACUACUACAAAUUCGAUAGAAUAAGUAUAGGAAUAUUUCAACCAUUAUCCAGGUCUUACUGAAAGCUAGAAACUGUCUUCAUUUCUAAAUGCAUUUUUUUUUGCCCUCUGAAAUUGUGAAGAAGAGUUAUUAGUGCUUGAAUGCAAAAAUAUUCACAGAAAGUUUAAAAUUCUCAAUCCCCAAAUAUAGUGCUAUUUAGGGAUACUCUGUUAUAGGGAUUGAAGAAAACCCCAGAAACUUCACAAGGAUACAGCUUGCAUCAUUCCAGAUAACAUUAUCCAAAAAACUGGAAAAUAGAAGUUACAAAACUUUUUCUUACUCAACUAUCUUCCUUGGUGCCUUGGCGUUUACCUGCACAAGUUCUUUUUUUAAAGGAAAAGAAAAAAUUCACAAGACCUUAUGUAUUCAAAGCCUGGAGCUAUCUAUGUACAGGUCUAAAAAGGACUGGUUUACAGAACAAGAUUUAUGACCAAGAACAAAAGGGCUCUUUUAAUUAAGCCUAUGGACGAGGUAAAAUUUGAGUAAGCCAUGAUCGUUGAAUCAUUAGCGAUUUUUUUAAAAAUGAUUACUUGAAGAUUAAAAUAUCAAAAAUUACAGUUUUUGUAUUAAUAUUUCAGUAAGAAAUUCUUUGUAUGUAUUAAAAUGUAAGAAAAUGCUUAUCUCCAAGUCAGGCACCCUUGUGACUUUUCACCCUUUCAGCUUUAGAGUCAUGACCAGAAGUAAAAAUGAAGAACAUGCUGAAGCCAACCAAGGACCUGAGAGGGGAAAGAAAUCUCCAUUCUGCAAAACUUUACCUAUUGAAACAACGACUUAGGCUAGGUCCUCAAAGCUGAUGAUCUGAAGGAAUCCUGAUGCAAAGAAAAUAAUUUCUUCAUGUCUGACAUAAGGUCAUCCAUUGGCUCCCAUGUAAGGGCACAUUCUCUACCCCUCUAUAGCCAGUGGAAAGCAGAGAGUCCAAAGAACAGCAGUCAAAGGACUUGGAUCCUCAGAGCUGAGAAUUAGGAGUGCUGACUCUGCUAUCUUUGUGCUCCAAGGGUCUCUAACAUACUCUCAGUUUCAGGCCAAAUGACCAUGAUUGGAAAAGAAAUCCUGAACAGACAACUUAGAAGGGAAUUAGAUGUUCUUGAACGUAGAGUUUGCCUUUUGUUCCCUGACAAAUAGUCUCAGUGAGAGUUGGAAGGACCCACUAAUAGGACGAAGUUGUAAUGGGGGUAAAAACAGAACCCAUGCAUAAUACAGCACCUUUCCUGAUAUCACUGCAUCCUUGAUAACUGUGCAAAGCUGACAUUUGCUGAAUGCCUUUCAUAUUUCUUUAAUGGAUCUAUUAAAACUUUUAACUAAGACGUAUUGUACAUCAUAUAUUAACGUUGAAUUUCCAGCAAAACUUGUGUAUCAGUAAAAAAUUUUGAUAAAUUCCUCAGGCAUUUGAGCAGAAUGAUUAUUAAAUGAAAUUCAGACGUUGUAUCCAGAACUCCCCCACCUCAAAUGGCAAGAAACAAGUUGGGACUGACAGACCA